UAAUUAAUUAACUAAAUUAGAAUAGUAAGUAAAUGUGAAAAAAAAAAAACAAAAAAGAAAACUUUUAAAAGGGGGAGGGGGGUUAUUGUUAAAUUUAUUUAUUCAAUUCAAUUAUUAGUAGUCACAUUUUCUACGGUGCUUCUAGCCUUCCACGCAAUCUCAACUUCCCUUUUAGAGAUCGGAUAAUUUUCAGUUCCCAAAUUCCGAAUUUCCCCUUUGUUUGAUCGCAGCGUGGUUCAAGACUAAAUUCUUUAGUUACUGAUUCAUUGGUUCUGCUUCUUCAAGAUUUUUAGGACUUGUAUUACAUUACAUAGAUUAGUGCUUUGGAGCUUUGAAUCAGGCUUUGUUGAGUGAUUUUCUUUGUAAAAGUUAACAAGUAAGGAUUCUAUAGUUUUCAGUUGGUAACACAUAGAGGCACAGAAGGCUGCAGUAGGAAAUAUAUUUAAAGUUGAGCCUCGUGGUAAGUUUAUGUUCAGUUAAAAAAUGUACUACUUUCUUUAUGUUUCAAAAAUGUCAAUAGUGCUUGGCAUGUCUCUCAUUUAACUGACUGGCGUAUUUUCCCCUCUUCUACAUUGCUGUUGUUUAUAAUCUAUAUGCAGACAUCUAUGGUUUUUUCUAUCUACCAUUUACUUUUAUGUUUAUAUGUUCGAUUGUGACGAAGUUGAGAGGUACUUUCUAGUUGGAACAUGACAGGAUUAUUCCUAAGGGACUAUGUUGAAACGUAUGCAUUGAAAGUGGUUAGUUCUCUUAGAUUUUGACUUGAAAAUGAAGGAAACAUUUAGCAAACUUUGUUUGAAUUAUUUUUAGUAGGUUCCCAUUCAUACUAGGCUGAGUAGUGUUUGUGUGCUGUAGAAAACACUUUGGGCUUACUUUUUGCUCAUUGUCUUUGUCUAGAUGGAUAGUAGGUCUGUGACUUACUCCUUCAUGACACUAGUUUCAAAAGUGUGAUCUGGAUAAUGGUUGAUGAAUAAGUGUUGCUUAUGAUAAUACUGUUUUUUGGAUGGCCAAUGACUGGGUCUAUCAAUGAAUUUCUAAAUUUAAUCCAAGAAAAACAGAAGUUCAUCCCUUAAAUGAUUGUUGACAUCAUGUUACGGGGACCUUUUUGAAAUGUAGAUAGGUUUGCUUUCCCACUCUAUUCACUGUCAACAUGAUUCCACAGUGCCAUCUUCAUUUCUUUCUCUAGUCAUGGAAGAGGGUUCAUGAAGGAGAAGGCUGAACAUGAAAUGUUCAAAUUUGUUUUGCCUGGACGAUCAGUUCUUUCUUAAUUAGUGGUCUCAAUUCUUAACUUACCAACUUUACUGUUGUUUGCUUCCUUUUCCCAUUUGUAUAGCCAUACAGGUAUUUGCAUAUUGUGAAGAGAAUUUAUUUUAAUAAAAUGACAUGAAUUAAACUGAAAUGAACUUCAGGAAUGCAAUUGCACAUGAGCUUACUGGUACUGUAGUAUAAAAUGUCAUUGUGUUACCACGUUACUGUCAUCCUUCCUCACUUCAAUUUGCAAAUUAGCAUUUCGUCCAAUUAGUGGCGUUAGGUAAGAUAAAUUUUCCGGAGAGACAUUGAAUUUGACAAUCUUAACAAUUUGCCAUAUAUAAUUUGUGGUUGAUUCUUCCAUUAUGCUGCUCAUUUAUUCUUAUGGAAUGCACUUAACAUUAACUGCCUUAUGCUGAUGGCCUAAGUUAAAUCUUACUGGAGGACUUCUUUUUAAUUCUAUAUAACUGGUGUUGGUGGUUGAUCCCUAGAAGGGCUGUCAAUUGCAGGCUUUUGAAAUGAAACAUUAGUUUUGCCUUAAACUUAGUUUGGUCAUUGAUUAAUGUGAAUGCCAGAUUUCAGAAGAAGUGAGGAUGAGAAAAGAGCAGUCAAGGAAGUUAGAGACCUCUUAUUCCUUUCUCCUCCUGCACCUUGCCUUUCCAAGAAAGAAAGAAACUGGGGUUUGUGGGACAAUAAGAUGAUAGGGUUUUCCUGGAUUUUUGCUUGUUUUUCUUUCUUUUUGGAAGCUUGAGUGUAUUUGGUUGGUUGCUUCUUCUUGAUUCUGUGACAUGUUGCCAUUUUAUCUGUCCCAUUUUAUUAGCAAAUAAUCACUUAGGUAUUGAGACUUUUGGGAAUGUUCCGUACAUAGUGCUAGUGGUUUAUAAUGUUUAUUAUGUAGUUUAUCCUUUGCUUAAUGGACUAUUUUUCCUGUUACCUGAUGAGUUCAAUAUGCUGAGUAACUUUACACAGCAUGUGCCAGAUGGCUGGUGUGAAACGGAGAAUAAUUACUGAUUCGGAUAUCCGGGCUCUCCACAAAGAACUGGAUGAAGUCUCAUGUCCAAUCUGCAUGGACCAUCCGCAUAAUGCUGUUCUCCUCCUGUGCAGCUCACACGAGAAGGGUUGCAGAUCUUACAUUUGUGAUACAAGUUACAGGCAUUCAAAUUGCCUAGAUCGAUUUAAAAAAUUAAGGGCUUAUUCUAGUAAGAGUCCAAUGUUACCUCAUCCCAUACCCCAAAACCGUCAGAAUUCUAGUACUUCUGAUAUGAACUUGGCUUUAAGAACUGAUUUUAUUGAAGGUAACAGAAGUCGAAAUCUGAAUGAAACCAAUAGCACUCCAGGAAGAUCAGAAGGUAAUAUCCAAGAGCCAAAUAGGCAUCUUGAUUCACAACGAGAAGGCAUUAUAGAAAUAGGGGACUCUGAUUCAUCUCAGGGAAGAGCUGAAUCUGAAGAGUUAGAUGCAGAGAAUACAUCAGAGUCUAAAUCUAGUUUGAAAUGCCCUCUCUGUCGAGGGGACAUACAUGGCUGGGAGGUUGUGGAAGAGGCCAGAAUGUAUCUAAAUUUGAAGAAGAGAUCUUGUUCUAGGGAAUCUUGCGCCUACAAUGGAAAUUACCAGGAAUUGCGCCGGCAUGCCAGGAGAGUUCACCCAACAACGCGACCUUCAGAUAUUGACCCAUCAAGAGAACGAGACUGGCGCCGCCUUGAGCACCAAAGGGAAUAUGGUGACAUUGUAAGUGCUAUUCGAUCUGCCAUGCCAGGUGCUAUUGUGGUUGGAGACUAUGCUAUUGAGAAUGGCGAUAGGUUGGCAGCCGAUAGGGAUAAUGGCACAGGUGAAGAGAGUGCACCAUGGUGGACUACUUUCUUUUUGUUUCAGAUGAUUGGUUCGAUUGACAGUGUUGGUGAACCAAGAGCAAGGUCCAGGGUUUGGUCUAGGCAUCGACGCCCAGCAGGAGCUUUAUCAGAGCGCCGGUUCCUUUGGGGUGAGAAUCUGUUGGGUUUGCAAGAUGAUGAUGAUGAUGACCUGCGCAUAUUAAGCGAUGUAGGUGAAGAUCCAUCUCCAAACCCAAGGAGACGUAGGCGUCUGACGCGAUCAAGGUCAGAUGAAGAUCAGUCAUGAAAGGAGUCAGAUAUUGCUCCUGGUAAAUUCCAGUUUCUUGACUUGACUUCAUAUGGAAUUGUAUUUCAGAUUGCUUUUGGCUGACCCUACUGGUAUUCUUGCUAUUGAUGUCCCAGCAAUGUGCAUGAACUGUAUUAUUUUUUGGACAAUGAUAGAAGUUUGCUGGUUUCAGAAGCCAUCAGCUUGUGGGAUUUCCAGAUGUGUCUAGUUAAGUGGAGUUCUGUAAACUUUUGUGUGUCGUCAUACAUGUACGUGAACAAGAAACGUUUACUGGUUUUAGAUGAUUGUUCUAUGUACUGAAACUCAAACCAGUGUUACUGUUAAAUCAGGACAAAGUCUUGCAUUGGCAACCAAAUGGCAAUAAUGCCAUUCACUUCUUUUUAUUCUUUUUCGUUUUUCCUUUGGGCCUGUCUUCAGAUUUUUAUUUUUUCUGGUUCCGGGAUGUUUCUGUCAAUUUCUCCGUGUCCAUACUUUGGACCGACAUAUGUAGUAAAUAGUAUGAUAAAUUUCAUA